AUCCAAUUGAGAAAUGAAUACAAGUAAGGAAUAAACCCACAAAAUGGAACAGAUGGAAGUGACCUGUGUAAACAGAGGUGAACAUCAUUGUGUUUAAUAGGUUUGGCACAUUAAAGCCUUUCCCUCAGUUCAGAAUCCAACCAGUUGCAACAAAGCCCUCAUCCUUUUAAACAGUCAAUGACAAUAUCCCAAUUUGAUCCAAUGAGCAUACUUAGGAACAGCAGUAAAGGUAGCACAGGCUUAGUUAAACCAUGAGCAUCACAAUGACAAAUACAAGAUUGUUUUAAAAAGGAAAGCAAAAAUGACCAACACAUCGUCUUCUGGUCAGCCAGGUGUGGUUGUCAAUCACAAAGUUCACAAACAAAGGCUCAAACCUAGCCACUAACAUUCCUGGUUAACAGCUUUCGCAAAUAUGUGGACCUGUGGGUCAACGUCAUGCUGCUGUUUGUGUAUGGGUGUGAAGUGUUGUUUUGGUGGUGGCGGCAGUGGUUCCCAUCUGGUGUCUCACAUAGACUCUGAACCGACUGGCUCACAGAGGCAGUCCUGAACGUCAUCAACGUAAUCCAAAGUGACUUGUGUUAAGGUAACGAAUAAUCUAUCCUGCUUUUUGUAUUAGGGGGUAGUUGAAUUGGCUUCUGCACAAUUAUAACCAAACUGGAUAUCAUUGAACUAGUACAAACUAUAGGUUAGCAGUUGUGCCAUUGUGUUUUUUUAAUCAACGAUCACGCAAGGUACUGGAAGUCUUAAAAUGUCUUGAAUUCACAGAUGUGAGAUAUAAUGCCUAAAAGGAAUUUGUAUAGGUCUCACAGUGUGUUGGGCUGUAAGGAGAUUAAAAAUAAUAAAUUAAUCAUACGUUUUUGUGUUUAUAAUGACGUCAUGUUUUUGUGGCGUUUGUGUGUUGUGGCGGCCUUUCGGGGAGCGGUGUCUCCAGUGGCACCAAGGCGCUGGGUCUACAGGCAGAUUCAGCUCCCUAAUAGGCAGCUGGAACCAAACCUAUGUAUCUCCGUAUCGGACAGCGAGACGGUUGCCUGCAGUGCUUUAGAACAUGGAGCUGAGGGCUUCAGUCAGUUAAGUUGUUUGGAUCGAUAUUACCGGACUUUCAGUUUUUUCCUUUUGGAUUCACUCAACCUUUACAUGGAAGACACAUUUGGAAGGAAGCAGUGAUACCCAACCUACUCGUCCUCAUGGGGACCUGAAUGGACUGUCAGCCGAUGGUCCGUUGGACUGCACACAGUCAGAUCAAAGGGGAGACGUGAUAGACACACACCCAGGAAACCCAGGCCGCUGUCGGGACAGUCAGACGAACAGCGCGCCAUGACCUGUGUGGAGAAGCGUCACCUGGGCCAGCGGGCGGGGAGCAUGCUGCACCAUCGCUUCCCCAACGGCUUCACCGAGCUGCUCAUGGAUGAGGCCGACCGGGAGGUCAGCACCCUGACGGACCGGGCCUUCCGGAGUCUCUGCGUGGGGGACGACGCCGUUUACAACGACGAGUUCACCUACGGAUUUUCACCGUUCAACUGCCACAAGCCUUUAGUGGGGACGCCUCGCAAAACAAAGUCGAAGGAGUCUAAAAAGCAAGCGCAGUCGCAGCAUCACGGCAGCAAUGGCGGGAAAGACUUGCAGCAGAGUAUGACCCAGGUGUCGUCUUUCCUGAAGGCAUUGAGCGCCACGGAGAAAGGCUGCAAGGGAAUAUUGGACAAUAGCGUCGAGCAGGACUCUAAUGGAGAAUCAUGGGAUAAAUCGGCACUUCGUAGCAUCCGGAUGGAGCUCUCCGAUUUUUCUUCGGAUUAUCACGACACGCUUGCGGAUGGACAUUUUGGGCAAAACGGCCGUCACCGAAAUCCCUCUGGUGAUGGCUCGUCGAAGAAGUCUGGAAAAGACGCCUCAAAAGUAAGGAUUGGGAAGUCCACUAUCCAACUGAGAAAACUGAAUAUUAAAAACUUUUUCCUUCAUAGUGAAUUUAGCCCUUUUCAGAUGUGGAGGGACAUCAACCGGUUCCCAUUCGGGCGGGAGGAGAUAGUUACUUCUAUCCCCUCGGACAAGAUCCCCAAAUGGUAUGAUUCCCCACUCUACAGGGAGCUGGCAGAGGCCCAUAGAAUAGAUAUCUUCCAUGCAGAGGAUUCCCAAACAUGUCUGAAAGCCCUUGCCAAAGAACCCUCUAGGUCUGCAGAGGGGGUGGAACCGUGUCAGAGAGUUGAGGCUGGACCUCCUCCAAUCCCUGCUACAAAACCUCACCCCCCACCUCCUCCACCAAAGGUCCCACCAAAGCCCAAAGUCCUUCUGGCUGAAAUGCGGUGCUCCUCUAACACAAGUGAAGCAAAUGCUGCCCCCUGGAGGCAAAACAAAUCAAGGUCAAGAAGCGCUGUUCCUGUUAAUCUGCCUAACGUGAUCCCCCCUCCUCAAGGUCGCAUCUCCAAAACAAUAGUGGAGAGUUUGAGAGCUGAGAGUGUCGUACAGGUGAAACAGGAAGCUAUAAGUGUUAAAGUCCAAGCUAUCGAGGAGUGCUGCUCUGCGGCCUCCACUCCGUUUAGCAUCUGUCAGCUGAUGACUCCUCUUAUUCCAUCAAGACAGCCGACGGAAACAUCAGAGAUUCUCCAAUUAGCCCUCGACCUGCCCCUCAGACCGGACUCAGAGGCCAGGUUGGGCUCUGAAACGCCCAUCAGGCGAGAGGGUUACAAGUCCCUAGCCUCGAGCAUCCUCUUUAACCUCAAAGACAACAGGAAAAGAGUUAAGAGUCGGUACAGCCCACCUAAAUUCAGAUCAUCAGAGAUGCCUGAUCGCGACACCCAGCCACCACGAGUGGAUAACGGCGGCCAUACAAACAUGGGAUCUGAGGGACUUGCUUCAGGCUUAAACACACCGGCCAUCUUUAAAGAAGGGUGGGUUUCUUGCAGUCCGGUUUCAAAACAAGCCAACACCCCAUGUGUUGAUGCUGGGAAACACGAUUUCUGUUCGCCCUUGUCCGAUGACUAUUUAAUAACAAAUUUAUUGCAGACAAAAAGAGAGGCCUUGGGAAGCAGAAAUCUAGGUGAAGAGAAUUAUCUUGCACCUGUAAUGCAGAUGAAAAACCACAGGAGCCCAAUGGUAAUCAAGAAAAACUAUCCGUCCCUGAAUUUGUACAAGAAGGCCUUCACUGCUGAUAUUGGGGCUGGUCCGCCGCAAGCCCCACAGAAGGCAUUAAGUGUCUCUCCCGAUAACAGACGCCGUCUUUUAAAGCAAACAAAGGAACCUUUGCCAGAUGCACCAAAGGGGGAAGCUGUCAACGCAGCGCUUUCACCAAAUAUUGUUCAACGACUGUCACCCAAAAUAGCAGCAGAUGUUAAAGUACCAUCUCCCUAUAAACAGGAGAAAGAGAGCUUGGCUUAUAAACAACACCUACCAGAAAACACCAGUAGCUCGGAAACCCAAUCAAAAGACUUUGCACAGUUCAAAGCUGUUAAUGAUAAAGAUGCCAGUUCCCAUCCUCUAAGUACGAUGGAUGUCAUUAAUGCAGCCAGGGACGCAAUAAAUGCAGAAAAAAACAAGGCGAGUCACUCGAGUCACAUCAAAAACAUGAUUUCAGAGCCCAAAAGAAAACUGACCAAGAAAAACACAGAUAACUCAAAAGAAGAUAUAAUUGAAGACAGGUCUGUUAUGGAUCAUCACUUCCAUCAAAAUAAAACAGGUGGAUUAAAUGACAUUGUUUCUGAAAAUACUACUGUCAAAAGAAAUCCCCCACCAGUGCCAAAGCGAAAUUUCACUAAAUCGGAUAUUAUACCUACUCUUGAGAAACUAUCAGACUUAACAAGCCCAACUGAUGAAUACCUGAUCGAGAGAGAUCUGUGCAAUGCUAAAAAUGAUUAUAUACCGAAAUAUGUAAGUGAUUCUGUAAGGAAGGAUGCCAGAAAGAAACAUGUAUUUUCUGCGAGGCAGAACAAUUAUAUCAAAACUCAAAGACACGCAGAGAGGGAGGACGAGCAGGAAGAAGUUCAUAACGAAUGUAAAAAUAAAGUGAGAAUAGGUUUGGGAAAGAAGGAAGAGAUGAUGAGAGACAGUGGGCACAUCAUUAAUGAUUUGAAUGCUUUAAAAGAGCUGGAAAGGGCGAGACGAGGUGAUGUUCUCGAUAAAGCAAGGGAAAGACGAGGGUCUAUUAACAUAGAUGAAGAGACAAAGGCAAAGAACGACCUGAUCUCCAGGGAGCUGAGAAAUAUCAAAAAGGGGAUGUUAUCCAUGAGGGGUAACACACAAGCCAAAAGGGACAUGUUUACAAAGAAAGAACAAGAACGUAACAAGCAGGAGGGUUUCCCAAAGCUAGAUAACCAUGUUCUCAACAAAGCAAUUAUAAAUGACAAUUAUGACCGAGCAAAAAUGGCACUUGAGGAAGUCAUAUCGGAAAGACAAAAGUAUAAAUCGUUGAAGGAAAAGGACACAGACCCGUUGUUAGCAGAAAACACUGCUACUGAGCAUGAUUAUGCACAGAGUCAAGAGCAACGUGAGACGGUUUUGCAAAAUUUCACGGCGGAUGCAAAGGAAAAUCAAAAUGGCCGUAUGCUUGCACUUAGAGAUAUGGAGCUCAAAGAGAGGUUAGGUGAUCUGAGGGAUCAUAAUCAAAUCAAACAUAUUCUGUCACAGACUGAAACUAGGCCCGGUGCAGGUCAUCAGUUGUGCGGAAUGGUCCCUCUGCCAGGUAUAAAUGCAGUCAGUGGUGACUUGAAAAAACGGCUAGCGAGCAACUCUAACGAUUUAUACAAUGGAAUAGAACAACUCAACGAUGCAAGGCACAUCCCUGAUUUAGAGCUGAAAAACAAUUUAGUAAGACCCAAAACAUCUGAGGAAAACGGGAAAAAAUUGUUGAAAGAGAAUAAAGAAAAUCUGAAGACGAAGGAUGUACCUCCUGUGCCACCUGUUCCACCGAGGAGCAAAAAAGGAGUUACUAGAAAGGAUGAGGAGGAUAAUAUAAAAGAGUCUGAAAGCGCUAUGGAUGGAACUGAGGAGGACUUCUCCAUUAAAGACGGUCCUAAAGAUAAAAGACCCUCUAUUACGGAUGUUAAUACAGACUCAGAAAGGGAAGAACAAAAUAGAGAAACCUUCAAUCAUAAGCUUGGGAAAAAGAAUGAGAAGACAAACUCAACAGUUGAGGGACAUCCAAUCCUACCUGAAUGUGUUACGUCUUCUGAGCUGCAGACCAAAAAUGUCUCUGUCUCACCAAGAGAGGAAAGAAGGAAAGAAAUAACCUACAGCCAAGAGAGUCUUUGCAGUCUUGGAUCACCACGGAAGGUUAAGCGCAAGGCCCCACUAAGGCCGGAUGAUGUAUGCCCAGUAGAGCCCUUGAACCAAGAAAGUAUUGUCCUAACAGAAAAAACAGGAACUACAAAUCUGAUAACAGCCGAGGCUGAUCAAACAACCAAAGCCGAAGUGAUACCGGAUCAGGUGGCUGCCAUUGACAUACCUAUAAACAUUGUGUCUCCUCUAGUGUUAGUAAAUGGCUAUAAUAUUAACCAAAGCCCUCCUGAUCAAGCUAGUCUUUCAUCAAAGUCGUCUUAUUUCUCUGUGGAGAGUGCUGGACACAGAAACAAUGACGUUUAUCACUCUUUGGAGAAUUUGACUGCAGGGUUGGAGGAAAAUGACGGAGAGCCUAUUAAUGUCUUGGGAAACCUCAAUAACGAUUCAGUAUCGACAGGAACAGAGCUUGUCUCUGUAUGGGAACGGGAGACAGAAGUUUGCAAGCCGUUAUUAAAAACUCCUGGUACAGAGAAAGAAGAAGCGGACCGGGAGGUUGGCAGGCACAGAGCUGGGGAAGGUGGAGAGGGAGGAAUCGAGAGUCUUAUAAGCCAACAGACAAAGGAAAAGACAAUCAACUCAACACCCAUGUCUCCUGCAAGCACUCUCUCUUCGCCAUCUUUGGACAUCCCUGCCUUAUUCAUCGUCAAAGAUAACACAUUCUCUAACAAACCAGUAAAGCCAGUGCAUCUCUGGUUGCCGAAAGAACAUCUCAACGGCUCGGAAUUGUGUGCAAUAAAUCACGUAAAGAAGAAUCUCCCACCGGGUAGCAACACUGCCAUCGCCAGUAGCAACCAUUCUCAAAAUAUUAUUACAAGCUUCGCCCCUGGCGAAGUCUCACCGCAAAACUCCCCACUUAAUAGUUUGUCUCCUUCAAGUGUUUCAAACGAUAUUAAUCUCAGGAGAAGCCAAUUCGGCCCCACUCUGACGGUUCCACAAGAAGAGGACAGAAACUCUGGAGUGAGUCCGUUGUCAGACGGGGUCGAAAGCUGGGCAGCGGACUCCAGGGACGACCUCACUGCUGAGACGGAAGCUGGGGAAAAGGUCUCCAAGAUGCCCAGCGAGAGGUCGGGCUCUCCGUCCAGUGCCAGCGGCAGCCAAUCAGGGCCUUCCAAACCUCCCCCGGUUUUACCUAAAUCGGAGAAGGCCCUUAUGAAAGCAAUGAAGUUGACCACCAGAAGGAUUAAGAAAGAAGAGGGCCAGAAAAAGCCAUCUCAGAAGUCGUCAAGCAGCAGCAGAAAGCCCAGGGCGGUUAAACACAGCGCUGAUAACCCAGGAAAUGUACAGACCGAGGACAAACCCUCUACCACCUCCAGAAGACACACUGAAAAGCGGAGCCAGAGCAUCAACAAGGAGCACGCGCAAAAUAUUGAAGAAAGAUACCAUCCCAACGAGAGCAGUCGUCUUCACAGGCACACCAAGACUAAGACUGAGGAAGCCCAAUAUCCACAGAGAGCCCAAGGCAGCGAUCGACUGGAUCGCAGCCAAGUGGUCCGAUCCGGCUACAAGGCAGGAACGCAGGACAGGAAGGAGAGCAGUGGCCGCAGCGUUGAUCGACUUCCUGACGUCAUUUUAACAGAACGGGAAGGCCGCAGCAGUGACCGGCAUCAUCAUCCUCGCGACAAACCCGAACGUAGGAACUACAGCAGUGACAGGGUGAUCAGCAAUGUACCCGUAUACAAAGCCCAAGUCAGCGAGAGUCGGCCAGCAGUAGACAGCCAGUCCAAGCGAUCCCAGAGUGUGGACAGGCAUGUGAGGGAUCACGCGGAGCGCCGAGCCAGUGCGGAUAUGUCGGUCAACACGUCGGAAAUGCCUGAAACGAGGAACCAGCGUAUUGAGAAGUCCAUCAUGGAGGAGCUACAGCAGAGGGGUCGCGCCAAGGAGAAAGCCGGCAGAGGAGGAGACGUCACGGUGAAGAGAAGUCACAGCAUCGACGCGUAUGCCACCGAGGCGCCCCGCCCAGCCAACCUCUCCCGCCAGUCCAGCUACAGUGGUCAACAGCUGUCGCGUCAGUCCAGCGUGGAGCACACCAUCGUGACUCAGUCCAUCCCCAUGACCCAGCGCAAACUCCUCCAAGAUCCCGACUCAGGGCAGUACUUUUUCGUAGACAUGCCCAUCCAGGUGAAGACCAAAACCUUCUAUGAUCCAGAAACAGGGAACUAUUUGCAGUUGCCUGUCCAGCCACCAGAGGGGGCCAUACCUCAGGCGCCCACCAUGGAGGUGUUAAACACCCCGAUGGUGCUCUACCACGGAUUUGUCCCGGUGCCCAUGACGUCCAUAUCCCAUAAAUCUGUCGUGCAGGCCUCCCAAAUGGAGCAGGACGAGUUUGAACGGAGGCAGAAUGAGAGGUCACGGCAGGUGUACAGUAACGAAGGCUGUCCCUAUUUAGAACCAGUUUAUGGUCAACACGACCACAUGCUGGGAGACUUUCUGGGUGUAGAGGAGCUGGAUUGUGCUAGCUGAUAUAGAGCAAGGGCUUUUAAAUAGACUUAGGAACUUUCAGGUUUUAUUUCAUUUGGAUUUCUGGUGAUGUUUUUAUGCUUAAAAACAUUGCUCACUGUGAUAAAUGACACAUUUGUUCUAAAAGUCCCCACCAUUCAUUGUUGUAAGGAGAUGGCUUUUUGAACAGGAAUGAAGUCAACCGUGUGAAUCUAUUGUUCAAAUAAUGCAGGGAAGAUGGUGAUUGUUGUGUGUGUGUGUGUGUUUGUGUGUGUGUGUUUGGGGGGGUGUGUGUGUGUGUAUGUGACUGUUAGGAACUUCUUGUGUGUUACAAUGUGCAAUUUCAUAUUUUUUUUAUAGUGCUUUAAAUUGAUGUAUAUAUAUAUAUAUAUAUUGUUCGUUGUAUGUGAUAAGAAGGAUGAAAGACGGAUGUAAAUCUUGAAAUUGAAAUCUAAUGUUGUUUUGGAUGUAUUUUUGGUUAAGCACUAUAAUGGUGGUCCUCAAUUUCAUAUUUUUCCACAUAGGUUUGCAGUCACAAAGAGCACUAUUAAAGUUCCUUGAAUAUACGUUCUUUGAGUUAAUCCUGGUUAUAUCCUGUGAAGGAUCGCACAAAAAGGGCUGUUUAUGCAUGCAGAAGUUUUAAAAACGAUUUUAAAGGAAGAAGUCAUUUUGCAAUCAUUUAUAGAAUAAACUGUAAAAUACCGUUGCCUUUUGCCAAAAAUCAUACAUGCAGAGUACUUUGAAGGAUACUUCGUUUUGCCUUGGUGUUUCAUUUUGAAUUUCAUCGAUAGACUACUGUUUAUGUGAUCCAUUCCAAUAAAAACAACAGAUAUUA